AUGAUUUGGACAAGAUCUCCUUGCAUUCUCUCUUUCAUCUUGUUUUUUGCCCAUAUAGCUGCUGUAUCGAUUAAACAUCUUUCCAAAGGAAAUGUACAUGAUGGAGAUUUUGAUGAACAGAAGGAUAUUACAGAGAUCAACUUAGAUGCAGGCUUGGACCUCUUUCAAGGGGACAUCCUCCUGCAGAAUUCCAGAAAUGGCCUGAGAAACCCCAACACCAGAUGGAAGUUCCCCAUACCGUACAUUCUGGCCAACAAUCUGGCGCUGAAUGCCAAAGGGGCCAUUCUCUAUGCCUUUGAAAUGUUCCGCCUCAAGUCCUGUGUAGAUUUCAAGCCUUAUGAAGGAGAGAGCUCGUAUAUCAUCUUUCAGAAGUUUAACGGAUGCUGGUCUGAGGUUGGUGACCAACACGUUGGACAGAACCUUUCCAUUGGCCAAGGAUGUGACUAUAAGGCCAUCAUUGAACAUGAGAUCCUGCAUGCCUUGGGGUUUUACCAUGAGCAGUCAAGGACUGACCGGGAUGAUUAUGUGAACAUCUGGUGGGAUGAAAUUCUUCCAGGUUACCAGCAUAACUUUAACACCUACGAUGACAACUUCAUCACAGACCUCAACACACCUUAUGAUUACGAGUCUCUGAUGCACUACGGGCCUUUCUCAUUUAACAAGAAUGCCAGUGUUCCUACCAUCACAACCAAGAUCCCUGAGUUUAGCACCAUCAUCGGGCAGCGUGUGGACUUCAGUGAGGUUGAUUUGGAGAGGCUGAACCGAAUGUACAACUGCACCACAACUCACACCUUUUUGGACCACUGUGCUUUUGAGAAGGCAAACAUCUGUGGGAUGAUUCAAGGUACCAGAGAUGAUGCUGACUGGAUCCAUGAAGACAGCACCCGGCCUGGACAAGUGGAUCACACCUUGGGGGGACAAUGUGCAGGUGCUGGCUACUUCAUGCACUUCGACACCAGCUCGGGGGCAGCGGAGGAGGCAGCCCUGCUGGAGUCUCGGAUUCUUUACCCCAAGAGGAAGCAGCAAUGCCUGCAGUUUUUCUAUAAGAUGACGGGGAGCUCUUCAGACAGACUUGUCAUCUGGGUCAGGAGGGACGACGGCACGGGCAACGUUCGCAAGCUGGUCAAGAUGAAGACCUUUCAAGGAGAUUUUGACCAAAAUUGGAAAAUUGCUCAUGUUCCACUCAGAGAAGAAAAGAAGUUUCGCUACCUUUUCCAGGGCACAAAAGGUGAUCCCCAGAACUCAAAUGGGGGCAUUUACCUGGAUGACGUCACUUUGACAGAAACCCCAUGCCCCACAGGUGUUUGGACAGUCCGGAAUUUCUCCCAGGUCUUGCAGGACACCGUUCAGGGGGACAAGCUCCAGAGCCCUCGAUUCUAUAGUUCAGAGGGCUACGGCUUGGGGCUGACCUUAUACCCUCACGGCAGCAUGAACUCCGGGCACUCUGAGUACGUGGGACUUGCCUUUCAUUUGUGCAGUGGAGAGAAUGACGCGGUCCUGGAGUGGCCCGUGGAAAACAGGCAGGUGAUCAUGACGAUACUGGACCAGGAACCGGAUGUCAGGAAGAGAAUGUCCUCAAGCAUGGUGUUCACUACCUCCAAGUCCCAGACCUCAGCGGCAAUAAACGGCUCCGUCAUUUGGGACCGGCCGUCCAUCGUGGGAUCCUAUCAUAACAGCUGUGAUUGUUUUAGAACCAUCGACUGGGGCUGGAGUGGUGUCAUCUCUCACCAGAUGCUGAAAAGGAAGAGUUUCCUUAAAAACGAUGACCUUAUCCUGUUUGUGGACUUUGAAGAUAUCACCCAUCUUAACCAGACCGAAGUUGACGUUAAAGACAGCAGGCUGACCCCCCGCGGCCUUAUUCUCCAAGGCCAGGAGCAGCAGGUCUCUGAAGAAGCUUCCAGAAAGGACUCCUUAGAGAAAGCCCUCCUGGAGAGCCCCGCCCAGGGGCAUUCCGGACGACAGAAGCGGUCGGUGGACAACACAGGCCCCCUGGAGGACCCCACCUGGCCACAGUACUUCAGAGACCCCUGUGACCCGAACCCUUGCCAAAAUGAAGGCAUCUGCGUGAACGUGAAGGGGAUGGCUAGCUGCAGGUGCGUUUCCAGUCAUGCCUUCUUCUACACGGGGGAGCGAUGCCAGGCCAUGCAGGUGCACGGCAGCAUCCUGGGCCUGAUGCUCGGUGGCGCAGCCGGCCUGGUCUUCUUGAGCUUCACCAUCGUCUCCAUCCUUCACCAAAGGCCAAGGCAGUGA